CUCAAAAUAAAGCAACACACUCAGCAAACUCUAAAAAUUCUCCUUCUCUCUCUUUGUUUAUACUCCACACUUUAUCUCUCUAGAACAGUCCUCAAAUGUCGUCGCCGGUGCCGGCGACGUCUCCUCCCGCCACAAACACAACAACUCCACCUCCGGCAGCUUCCACAACUCCACCACCUACUGCCGCUCCUCCUCCCACUGCCACCAUUUCACCUCCCGCCCCUCCGCCUUCUACCCCGGCGACUGCUCCUCCACCGUCGACUCCUACAACCGCUCCUCCUCCUACAACUCCGGCAAUCUCUCCUCCGUCAAUUCCAGCGUCUUCUCCACCCCCAACGACACCCUCCCCCUCACCUCCUGCUCCGCCCGGUGAAGCAACCCCUUCUCCUCCCGCUCUCUCUCCUCCUUCUCCGCCUUCCUCCACCCCUUCCACACCUUCCGGUGGAUCCCCUCCUUCCGGUGGCGGAAGACCUUCUUCAACCCCGCGGUCCUCUGGUUCAGGAUCAACCCCAAGUUCAGGCUCAACUCCGGGUUCUUCUUCAGGCUCAACUCCGGAUGCGGAUUCGGGUAAUGGAAUAUCAACGGGGACUGUAGUAGGGAUAGCAGUUGCAGGAGUUGCAGUAUUGGUAAUAUUGAGUAUAAUUUGCUUGUGUUAUGCCAGAAAAAAGAAGAAAAGAAGAAGAAAUGAGUUUGGUGGUGAAGGUUACUAUGUCCCUCCUCCUCCACCUCACGGCCCCAUUGGCCCUAAAGAUGGACCAUAUGCUGUACAAGCACAGCAGUGGCAACAGAAUUACCCACCACCAGCUGAGCAUUAUCAGGUGCCGAAGCCGCCCCCACCGCCUGCGGCACAACACAGGCCGCCUAGACCUCCUUCGCCCCAUCCUCCGCCGCCACCACCUCCUGCACCAUUUAUGAGUACUGGUGGUGGUUCGGGGUCUAGCUUUGGGUCUGAGAACCCGCUUCCACCGCCUUCCCCUGGACUUUCACUUGGGUUUGUAAAGAGCCCCUUCUCUUAUGAGGAGUUGGCAAUGGCUACCAAUGGGUUCUCGGAGGAUAAUCUCUUGGGCCAAGGAGGUUUCGGUUAUGUUCACAAGGGUGUGCUUCCGAAUGGGAAAGAAGUUGCUGUUAAGUCUCUUAAAGCUGGUAGUGGACAGGGAGAGCGCGAAUUUCAGGCGGAAGUUGAAAUCAUUAGCCGUGUUCAUCACAAGCAUCUUGUCUCUUUGGUUGGAUAUUGCAUCACUGGGGCACAUAGGUUGUUGGUUUACGAGUUCGUUCCAAAUGAUACCAUGGAGUUCCAUCUUCAUGGUAAAGGGCAGCCUGUCAUGGAAUGGCCUUCAAGGCUGAGGAUUGCUCUUGGAGCUGCAAAAGGAUUGGCAUAUUUGCACGAGGAUUGUCAUCCAAAAAUCAUACAUCGGGAUAUUAAAGCUGCCAAUAUUCUUCUGGAUAACAAGUUUGAGGCAAUGGUUGCAGAUUUUGGACUGGCUAAGUUAUCUUCGGAAGUUAAUACUCAUAUAUCCACUCGUGUGAUGGGAACCUUUGGAUACCUGGCCCCUGAGUACGCUUCUAGUGGGAAACUUACAGAUAAAUCUGAUGUUUUCUCCUUUGGAGUCAUGCUUCUGGAAUUGAUUACUGGGCGACGGCCUGUUGACACAACAAAUGCUUACAUGGAUGACAGUUUAGUUGACUGGGCAAGACCUUUGCUGACAAGAGCUCUAGAAGAAAAUAACUUUGAUUCUCUUGUUGAUCAACGCCUGCAAGACAAUUUCAACCCCAGUGAAAUGGCACGCAUGGUUGCUUGUGCAGCUGCUUGUGUCCGUCACUCGGCAAGGCGCCGACCUCGGAUGAGCCAGGUUGUUAGAGCAUUGGAAGGAGAAGUGUCUCUAUCUGAUCUAAAUGAAGGAAUAAGACCUGGGCAGAGUUCUAUUUACAGCUCAUACGGAAGCUCAGAUUAUGAUAACAACCAAUACAAAGACGACAUGAAGAAAUUUAGGCAGAUGGCUCUUGCGAGUACAGAGUAUGGUAGCAGCGAGUAUGGUGGAACGACCAGUGAGUAUGGCAUGUACCCAUCUGGUUCAAGUAGCGAAGCCCAAAGUCGCCAAACAACUCGAGAGAUGAAAGGAGACAGUAGAGGAUUCAGUGAAGCCCAAAGCCAAAGCCGGCAAACUACCCGAGAGACAGAGAUGGGUAAGAUGAAAGGAGAUAGUAGAGGUUUUAGUGAAAACACUUGAUGUGCUGACAUUCAUGCAUCAUUUGGUUCCUGUAAAGAAUGGCUCUGAUGUGAAAAAGGAAAAUUAAUUGUCUUAUAUAUUAGGUUGUGAGUGAUUCUAACACAAUUUUUUCGUUUUUUUGGCAUUCUUUUACCUUGCAGUGGAAUGAUUGAUUUUCACCUCAAUGUAUUUACUAUUGCUUAUUACAGAGAGAUAACAUACUACAAAUUGGGCAAUUCUUUUGUAAAAUGAUUUUUGUUUUGUUGAGCUCAAUUGUGGA